CAAUUUGAGCAGGCAGUGUGCUCUGUCUGCUGUGCCACAUCAGUGCAUUUGCUCCAAACAAAGAGAAGUCAUGCUACUUCUGCAUUUACUCGGGGGGCUCUGCAUUCUCACUAAGGAAUUGGUUCAUGGAUCUCCCAACUGCCCCCCAGGGGAUCAAGCACUCGGACGAUGCAGACCUUCUGAUUCAAAAGCAACAUGCAUUGAUCAUUCCUUGGGAUAUUGUGAUGACUUACCAUACACUAAGAGCUUUUUCCCAAACUUACUUAAUCAGCAAUCAAGAGGAGAGAUAGAAUUCAGUGCUGAAUACAUCCUGCUAAGCGUGAUAGAUAACCUACUUCAAGGGGAAUGUAAUCCUGAUCUAAGACUCUUGGGUUGCUCAGUUCUAGCCCCACGCUGCGAAAAGAACAAGGUGAUGAAACCGUGCAGAAAGGUUUGUGAAACUUUAAAGAAAAAUUGCCUUCCUGCCUUUGAUGCAAUUGAUAUGGCUUGGCCCUAUUUUUUGGACUGUGAUCGUUUUUUUGUAAGUGAAGAAGAAGGAUGUAAUGACCCGCUGGAGAAGCUAAGAGUCAAUGUAGAAAUAACAUCAGAAGAAGUAUUUCCUGCAAUGCCAAGCACAUUCAUCCAGUUUACUCACCAUAGCUACGCACAGAUGGUUAGUACUUUGAAGAAAACUGCGGCCAAAUGUUCUCACAUCUCCAAGACUUACAGCAUUGGACGUAGUUUUGAAGGCAAAGACCUCUUUGUUAUAGAGUUUUCAACUAAUCCUGGAAAGCAUGAACUGCUCAAGCCAGAAGUCAGGUACAUCGGCAACAUGCACGGAAAUGAAGUUGUAGGCAAAGAAUUGCUCAUUUAUCUUGCACAGUAUUUAUGUUCUGAAUAUCUUCUUGGAAAUGAGCGAAUCCAGAAGAUAAUUAAUACAACACGAAUUCAUCUUCUACCUUCAAUGAACCCAGAUGGCUACGACCUUGCAGCAGAAGAGGGGGCCGGCUACAAUGGAUGGACCAAUGGACGACAAAAUGCCCAGAAUAUUGAUCUGAACAGAAACUUUCCUGAUUUAACAUCAGAAGUUCAUAAAAUUAUACGGAUGCGUUCAGCACGAAUUGAUCACAUGCCCAUUCCAGAGUCAUACUGGUGGGGUAAGAUUGCUCCUGAGACAAAAUCUGUUAUGAAGUGGAUGAGGGCCAUACCUUUUGUUCUGUCUGGUAGCCUUCACGGAGGAGACUUAGUUGUUAGUUAUCCAUUUGACUUCUCUCGACACCCAUUGGAGGAGAAAAUGUUUUCUCCUACUCCUGAUGAAAAGGUAUUUCAGAUGUUAUCUAAAACCUAUGUGGCCUCACAUCCAAUUAUGUCAGACAAAUCAGAGAACAGAUGUGGUGGAAAUUUUGCUAAGAAAGGAAGCAUAAUAAAUGGCGCUGAAUGGUAUAGUUUCAGUGGAGGAAUGUCUGAUUUCAGUUAUCUUCACACAAAUUGUUUUGAACUCACAUUGGAACUAGGAUGUGAGAAGUUUCCAACUGAGGAUGAGCUGUAUUCAACCUGGCAAGACAACAAAGAAUCAUUGCUGAGCUUAAUUGAAAUGGUCCAUCGUGGAAUCAAAGGGGUAGUUAAGGAUGAACAUGGAAAUCCUAUUAAAAAAGCUCGCAUCUCAGUGAAAGGAAUUCGUCAUGACAUAACCACAGGUGAAGAUGGAGACUAUUGGAGGCUUUUAAUUCCAGGUGUACAUGUUGUUGCUGCUGAAGCUUUCGGAUACUCUAAGGUUACCAAAAAAAUUACUCUACCAGCUAAAAUGACUAAAGCCGGGCGCGUGGACUUUGUAUUGCAACGCGUUGAUGUUAAAUCUCGUAAAUUUGAUAGAAUUAAUCCUGAGGAAAUAUAUGAACGAUUUGACCCAUUGGAUCAUUUUGAUCCACAUGCACAACAUGGACCAAGACAAACAAAUGAAGAAGGUGAACCUUUAGAAGAAAGCGAAAAGCCCUGGUGGUGGUCCUAUUUCAGCUCUCUAGAUCGUAAUAAACCAAUAUGGCUACUUAAAAAUAACUAAUAUUAAAAAUUUGACACCAUCUAUGACUUCUAUAAAUGGUUUUCUAAUGUUUGAUGCUUUUUUAAUUAUAAUAUCACAGGGGAGCCAUUUUGCCGACUUUGGUACUUAAUGGAAAGUUUGCCAACAAAAAAAAAGGCUUACAUUAUUUUUCAGUGUUGUCUUACUUAAUAUAAAAUUUAAACAUUAAAAAAUCAUUGUCUCUUAAUAUAACAUGUUACAUCAUUUGUUAUAUAUAUAUAUAUAUAUAUAUAUAUAUAUAUUGGGUACCUGUAAAGCGCAGCUAAUCACCCUUAAGGGUCUCAAGGCGCUGCUCAUUUUAUUAACCACUGAAGGAUGAAAGGCUGAAUGGGGAACGAACCUGCAACCCUUGAGUUGCUACAGAGCUCAGCCACAGUGCCUUAGUAUGCUGAGCUAUCUGUCCAGUAUGUAUAUACUGUAUAUAUAUCUUAAAAAAUACUGACAGAUGUCUUAAAGGAAAUAUAAAAUUUGUCUCCUAAUGUUAUGGUGACCAUUUAUUUUUACAAAUUAGUAUGAAAAACUAUUUAAUAAAUGUAUUAUGCCUAGAGAAAAAAUUUACAAAUAGUUUGUCUCAGUAAAUUACAACAUACUUCACAUUGUUCAUGAACUUAUAUAGUAGGAGUUGCAAUCCAAACGUAUAUUAAAUUAAAAUAAGAAGUAUAGGUGAAAAAUGUAACAACAUAUAUUUUACUGUUCAAUAAACUGAAACAUUGUAACUUUUAAAACAA